GACUCCGCGAGACGUCCUGUCCUUGUUCCGACCCGGCCGUUUUCCUCUAUCCAUGACAGUUGUGCGUAUGGCAUGAUAGCUGACAGGCUCACCCUUUACUUUUACUUUCGUCUCUUCUCUCCCCUCUGUGUUUCAUUGGCACCCGUCAUGCAAUUGACGCGGCGACGCGUAUAAUUGUCCAGGUGUCCCGCCUUUGCAACUUGUCUUGCUCUGUCCUCGACCAAGUGCGUCAGACAUACCUUGAUGAAUCCGCCGCCGUCCACCAUGGACUCCAAUGCCGUGCCUUCCUCGUCAUCGUCCUCAUCCUCUCCGCCCUGUCCUCCAACGACAUCCUCCAGCGUCUCGGCCACUGUUCCGCCACCUGCAGGUCCUGCGCAACUUCCACGAGCCAGCCUGGAGUCGGCGUCACCAUCUGUCGGCAGGGAACGCCACCCCAAGGGCAAGAGGAAUCGGACCAAGCUAGAAGACAAGGAGAUCCUCGAGAGGGCCUACAAUGAGAACCCGAAGCCCGACAAGGAAGCGCGCCUUGAGAUCGUAAAGCGCGUCUCUCUGAGUGAGAAGGCGGUUCAGAUAUGGUUCCAGAACCGCCGCCAGAACGACCGCCGGAGAUCACGUCUAUUGUCGCCCCAGGUUAUCGAAUCCGUCACGCAGGGCCGCGUCAGGAUCUUGUCAACCGACUACAACGCACAGUUCGAAUUGGAACCCACUUUCACGCCCAGCCAGACCUUGUCCCAGCCUGAGCAAAGCACGGAUUCCUCUGUCCAUUCUGACCCUGCCAGCGCACACUCAGAUGCGGAGCCGGGGGCCUCGCAAGACGUACCAAAGAUCUCGGGGCCUACACAACUCGAACGUCCCAGCGAGCCAAGGCCGAUCCUGUCUCGGUCCUUUUCAGGUCCAACUGGCUACCUGGCCAACCGACGGAAUGCCGCCGGUUUUUCGACCUCGUUUCCUAAUCCUUGCUCCGGUGAUUCUUCCAGGUCCGUUCGUCUGGCCCUUUACGCAAGCUGGCACUUACCAUGUGUAUGUAGAUUCGAGCCGUUCCCAUCCACCUGCCCGCCCGACAUGCAUUUUGGCGCAGGUUCUGCCGGCCCCAUUCAACCCCCGAGCUCCCAGCCGUCCCACUACCGUCUGGCGUUGUCUCUGGAUGGCAAGGCUGAGCUUAUCGACCCAAUGAUCUCACCACAACGCCCAAGAAACCCCCCUGCAUCGGUGGAUCCUUUCUUAAGGCCAGACUCCCGCAGACAGACCGAGUCCUCCCGCUCAUCCCUCUCCGAGUUUACUCGCACUUUGUCUGCAGCUAGGAUCGGCCUGCCGCCUCGUUUGACUCGCGGCCGGUCACUCGACGUCCAAGCCUGGGAAGACUGCUGCGAUCCGGGCAACCGGGAGGACGCGUUGAUUAUGCAAGCCAAGCAUGAGAGCAGCGGCUCGGCCAUCGCAGCUAUUCACCUCGCCAGAUCAACAAGCUCGAUCAGCAGCGGCAGCCCUCUCGACCAGAGCAGCAGCGGCGGGAAGCGCGGUGCUCCCAUGGGCAGGGCGGCCACCCGUCCGGGUAUGACCAAGCGGGCGAAGUUAGCAAGGUCGUCGAGCAGCUGGGGACGAAUCGAGACGGUCUUCACACCCACCCAGAAGCAUAACAUGCAGCGCAUGGCUCCCAAUCUGCACCUCGACAAGCACAAGCCCAACAACGCCACGCUGGCCGGCCUGUCUGGCAACGACUCAGACAAGGAGAACUGGAGCCCGGACGAGAACGGCAACCCCCGCCGCCCAUUCUCCAGCACUUUCACAUCAUCAGGCCGGCGCCUGCUGCCCUCCGGGGCGCCGUCAUCUAAGUACGACCGCCGAAACCCGCGCCGUACGCUCCCGCAGGAACCGCGCGGCAGCUUGUUCUCUCUUAACCGCGCCGCCACCAGCCCGGCAUUUUCUCGCGCCCGGUACCACUACCAACGGGACAAAGCACGUGCCGAAUCUCCGCUGGAGAUCUAUGAAGAUGCCGGCGACGACGGGGACGGCACCGUUGCACCGGACCCGGACAAUCCUGUAGCGGAGGCAGAUGACGACGAGAUCCAGCGCUUCAUGCGCGGCGGCCAAGUCAGCCCCAGCAAGAAGAACGAUGUCGACGCUGCGACGGGCUUGCUUGCGCUCAAACGGUCCAGCUGG